AUGGCGCGCUCGAGGCCGUACACCUCGAAGCUGUGCGCGUGCUUCCUCGUCACCGUCCUCGUCGUCGUCCUGACGUGGUACGAGCGCGGCGGCGGCGCCGCGCUCGAGCUCGGCGCCGCGCGCGGGCCGUGGAUCUCGUCGACCGCGACGAGGCCCGCCUCGUCGCUCGAAGCGACGGCGCAGCUCGCGGCGGUCGCGGCGACGGCGGAUCGCGCGUGGAGCGGGCUCGUCGAGGAGGACGCGUCGCUGGGCGGCGCGGAAGAGGACGAGUCCGGCGGCGACGACGCCGCGACGACGGCGACGGCGACGGCGACGGCGAGAGCGACGUUCGACGCCGACGCCGACGUCCGUCGCGAUCGCGCGGCGCGAUCGGCCGACGCGGGGACGCCUUCGGCGCCGACCCCGCGCGAGGCCCCCGCGGCGGCGCCCGUCGCGAGCGUCGCGACGCCCGACGCGCCCGCGGCGACGACGUCCGACGCCGCGAGCUGCGACGCGCUGAUAGACGGCUGGAUCGAGACGCAGGAGCGGCGGCACGCGGCGCGCGUCGCCGCGAGAGACGCGGACGCGAAUAGGACGAAGACGCAGACGAACGCGAACGAUCCGUCCGACGACCUCCUCUUCUUCCUGCACGUCCCGCGCUCCGCCGGGCGGACGUUCCACUUCUGCUACCUCAAGUACGCGUUUCCUCCCAACGAGAGGUGCGACAAGUCCUAUGACGAGCUCAGGGUGAACGUGGAGAACCCGGGGUGCCGCAUGCUGGGCACGCACGACGAUCACACGCUCGUGGAACGGCUGCGUCGACAGCCGCGUAUGGUGACGAUGUUACGCGACCCCGUGGAGCGUUUCCUCAGCGCGUACGAGUUCGCGGUCGAGGUCAGCGCGCGGUCGUUCGGGGACGAGACCACCGUCGCGAAGAAUCGCGUCGCGACGCGAGACGUGUGGCCGUGGGAGCACUGCGUGAGGAGGAUAGACGAGGACCUGCGCGCGUUUAAGCGUCGGACGAAGGCGGCGAACUUUACGAAACCGAGCGGCGGCGCGGACUGCUACGACAACUCGAUAUACACGCCGCUGCGCGAUUUCGUGGACUUGGACAUCGCGCACGACGACUUACACAACGGACAGUUCAUGCAGCUGUUAGGGCUGACGAGCCAAGCGGACGCGACGCUGCAGCCGGACUACCGCGCGGUGCGAGGGUGUCUAAAACCCGGCGGCGAGGACGCCAACACGGCGAAGAUGCUCGCGUUCGCGGAGAAACGGUUACGGGACGAGAUGGACGCGACGGUCGUGCACGAGCGGUUAGACGACGCGCUGCGGUUCUCCUCCGCGGCGCUCGAGUUGCCCAUGGCCGGGCCCGCGUACGACGGGAACAAAGAGGCUGGCGACGGGCGCGUGGGGGAGUUGAAAACAGCCGUCGCGUCCGCCAAACGCGGCGCGCGCGCGGGUGAAAACGUCGCCGGCUUCACGUUCAAGUUUCUGAAAGUCACGGACAAGCAGCUCGCGAACGACGCGUGGCGGGAGAAGUACGAGAAAGCGCUCGCGGCGCAGCUCGCGCGAUACGUCGGCGUCGCCGCGACGUACGUGCGCCUGUUACCGCCGCUCGCCGCGGACGGGACCGAGGAACGCCCGCGUCCACGGCGGCCGCCGCCGGGAAAGCGUACCGGGGCGAACGGCACCGUCGCUAAUAAGCCGCCGCCGCCGAGGUCGGCGCUCCAGGUGGCGCUCGUCAAGUACCCUUCGUCGUCGUCGUCGACCGCGACUAGCGCGAACGCGAGCGGUGGCGGCGCGACGGCGGGCGAUAAGCUGAGGGAGCUCUUCGCGAUGUUUGACGAGAAUCCCGCGGACGUCUCCUCGACGAUCGUGAACGCGUCGGACGGGUUCGGUCAAUACGGCGCGCUGACCGCGCACGCGUGGGCGACGACGGAUAUGAGAGAGACGAACGGGCCCGGAAGAAACAACUUAACAGGGGACGUGACCGUGACGGUGACGCAGCGACGCCCCGUGAAGUCCGCGCUGACGCUCGGGUCGCGGUUCCGGAAGUGCGAGAGCGAAAACAGGGCCAAGUACGCGCGUCAAAAGAGGCGGGCGUUUGAAAAGUUGGCGCCCCACGUCGACGGCGUCUUCGAUCCGUUCCGCAAGUCCGACCGCGCGCGGAUCCCCGCGGAGACGCUGGCGAGGGUGAGGGCGCAUAACUUCCUCGACGUGCGGUUGUGGGAGUACGCGACGAGGCUGUUCGAGGAGAGGAUGGAGGAACGGCGGGAGGAGGUGGAGAGGGAGAUUUUACCCCCGAAGCCGCCGCCGUCGCCGCCGGCGACGUCGCCGCCGCCGGCGCGGCCGAGACCGCCGCUGGGGCCGCCGAGAGCGACCGGCGCGAACGCGAACGCGACGACGACGACGACGACGACGACGACGACGACGACGACGACGACGAAGGAUGCGCGGCAGAGACCGCCGCCGCGGCCGCGAAGAGCGACCGACGCGAACGCGAACGCGACGACGACGCCGACGCCGACGGCGCGGAAGAUUCACGUCGGGAUCGGCGAAAAGAGCGCGGCCGCGGUCGGAGCGUGA